AUGCGAUCAGCCAAGGCAGUUAUCUCGGAGAAACUUGUGCGCUUGGGUACUUCAACUGCAGCGAUGUCUUACGGCACCGCGACCUCCCAGCGGGGUCCCUCACAUACCCUGACCUCGCUUAAGCGCUGGUCAGUCGCGACCAAAGACCUCCCAGGUGAGAGGGCUGGAUGUGCCAGCGAGACUGUGGCCUCUUCUGUGAACUUGGAACUAACAGUUGCCUGUGGCUUAGCUGUCUCACAAAUCAAGACCAUCCAUGUCUACGACUUUGACAAUACUCUGUUCCUGAGCCCCCUCCCCAACCCACAACUAUGGAAUGGUUCGACCAUUGGAUUCCUGCAGGCCUGGGAAAGUUUCGCAAAUGGCGGGUGGUGGCACGACCCCAACAUUUUGUCUUCUACUGGCAAGGGUAUGGAGAUUGAGGAGCCAAGAGCAUGGAAUGGAUGGUGGAACGAACAAAUUCUGCGCUUGGUGAGAUUGAGCAUGGAUCAAAAGGAUGCGCUGACCGUGCUCCUCACGGGUCGAGGUGAAGCCAACUUCGCACCGAUCAUAAAGCGCAUGGCAGCAAGCCAGCAAUUGGACUUUGACCUCAUCGGGCUAAAGCCAGAAGUCGGACCAAACGGUCAGCAAUUUGCAUCAACAAUGAUGUUUAAGCAAAAAUUCCUCGAGGACCUUGUUUAUACAUACGACCAGGCUGACGAGAUUCGCAUCUAUGAAGACCGUGUGAAGCAUGUCAAGGGCUUCCGAGACUUCUUUGGCACAUUGAACCGGAGUUUGCAAGCUGGACAUGGCCCAGUGCCUCGAAAAUCCCUCAAUGCUGAAGUUAUCCAGGUAACCGAGGGGUGUACAUAUCUCGACCCCGUCAUUGAAACUGCGGAAGUACAGCGAAUGAUAAAUUCUCACAACCUUGCCCGCCGCAACCCAUCUCUGGAAAAGGUCAAGUCCCGAAACACUCGGCUACGUAUCAAACGAACGGUGUACUACACGGGAUACCUUGUCUCGCAACAGGAUUCACAACGCAUAAUUGACGAGAUUUUGAGUCCAAUGUUCCAACAGCAAGGACUUGCUGAGUCGACUGAGGUGAAGUACAUGGCUAACAGCAUUCUGAUCACACCACGUCCUGCCACUGCAUCCAUUCUGAGUAAGGUUGGAGGCAUGGGAAAGAAAAUGAGCUGGCAAGUGACUGGACUGGGAGUGUUCGAGAACAAGGUUUGGGCCGCUCAAGUGGUGCCUAUUCCCUCCAUUGAACCCGUGCACACGGAGAACCCCUCACCACUCAUCGUUCUGGCUUGUCGCAGAGGAUCUCGUCCAGCCGAUGCAGGCAAGAUUCACAACUGGCAGCCCAUUCCAGCCGGGAUGGCCAUGAAGAUUGACACUGUCGUUGGCGAGAAAGUUGUCUUGCGAGUUGAGGAAGACAACCCGUACGAGGGCGAGUGGGAUAGCCAAUUUGCCAACCGAAGCCACAAGAGGCGCCAUCAACAGGAACGCGAUGAAGACAUUCUUUAUCCUCACGGGAGCCAUGGCAGUGGAGGCUAUGAGGCUAUGAACCAAGCACAGUCACAGGGUUAUCACCCAUACCAUCGUCCCGGUGGCGACCGGCACUCGAAUGAUGAAGCCUCCCGGCGAGGUUCUCACCGAGGUCGCGGUCGUGGAACUGGCCGUGGUCGAGGCUCUGCCCGUGGGGGUCGUGGUCGUGGUCGUGGGGGUCGCGAAGCUGGGUCAAACCCGUACUACAAGUCCCUUGAUGACCAGGGGGUUGGUGGAUAUGACGGACCUCACGACAAAGGUGGCAAUGGAAGUGGAGGAUUUCCAAUGGACUACUAA